AUGAACUCCCAUAGCGAAAUAUUUGGAUACCUAAGUGUCCUGAGCUGGUUAUGCGCUCAGCUCCCACAAGUGUACAAAAACCACAAACUGAAGACGAUAGAAGGGCUGAGCGUGGAAUUCAUCAUAACAUGGCUCAUAGGAGAUCUUCUCAACCUCCUGGGAUGUAUAUAUACGAAUCAGCUGCCAUUCCAAGUCGCUUUAUCAUUAUGGUUCAUCUUGGUCGAUUUGGCGCUCACUGGGCAAUAUCUCCAGUAUCGCAAUUACCAGGACGAUAGAGGCAGGUCGACGACGAGGAUGAUUACGCACAGGCAGACUGUCUCACUUUCCAUUAACCGGGUGUCUGAUCGCAGCGCGAGUGUGAAGCCGCCAGUAACGCUGAAACGAUCACGGAGGUCACAGACGCACUCAGUAAGAAGAGCGGAAAACAGCAGGAGUCGCACCUUUGCCAGUCUGGUCGCGCUCGGAUUAACGGUAGGUGUCGGCGCUGCACCCACCCUUCCUCUCCCGUCUAUCUCAGCAAAAGGUCUCGUUAGUGACGACCUCGCCAUCAUCAUUGGCAAGCUGUCGUCGUGGGCUUGUGUAACGUUCUACUUGAGCAGCAGGAUGCCGCAGAUUUACUAUAAUUAUCAACGUAAAUCUGUUGAGGGUCUUUCUGUCUUCCUCUUCUUGUUCGCUUUGUUGGGAAACUCUUUUUAUACCAUGUCGAUACUGUCAUCGCCACGAUUUCAGCAGUCCCAUCCUCAAGCCAUGAAAUAUUUGCUUGAAUCGUUACCCUUCCUGAUCGGAUCAGUCGGUACCAUCGUUUUUGAUGUCAUUAUUCUUCUCCAAGUUCAAAUGUACAAAGACAAGCCCCAGAACACAAGCGGGGAGCGGCAACCAUUACUAGACAGUUGA